CAACCGCCGCACGACAACCGCAAUAACUCAACCAUGGCGGCCAACGUGGAGCAGUCGCCUUUCUUUCAGCAGCAGAUUUCGAAGGGCGAAGUCGUUGUGAAAGACCCGCCCAAGUUCGACCUGGAAUCAUACAUUGCCAAUUAUGCUGGCUUCACACGAAUCGACCGGCUCUCUCAUAUCGGCUCCCACUCGCCAUACCUCGCCGUAGACGCUUACCGCCUCGCCAUUGCCGAAGCAAAGAAGGGCAAGAACGUCAACGUAUACACAAGCCUCGUCGAGAACUUCAGUAGCAUUGCACCGCAAGACCCGGCUGCUUUGACAGACACGACAUGGGCGGAGAAGAAGACGCGCGAGACGCAGCAGGAGCAAGAUCGGCUAGAGCAUGAGUUGAAGUCAUACAAGAACAACUUGAUCAAGGAGAGCAUUCGGAUGGGCAACGAGGACCUAGGCCACUUCUACUACGACACUGGUGACUACAGUAACGCGCAAAAGGCAUACCUGAAGAUGCGCGAACACUGCACUUCGAACAAACACCUCGCCGAUAUGACCCUGCGCCUCGUGUACGUUAGUAUUGCGCAGAAGUCAUGGUUGGGCGUACAAGCAAACCUGGCCAAGGUGGAUGCCGCCCAACUCAAGGGCGAAGAGAAGACCAAGCUCGAGCCUAUUGUUUCUGCCUGUACUGGUCUCUCACACAUGGCUAUGGGUAACUACCGCGAAGCUGCGGCAAACUUCCUCGGAACCUCACCCGCAUUCUUGAUCGCCGAGCCCGCGGCAAACAUUACAUGGCAAAAGGAAGUGUUGUCAGGCAAUGACGUAGCCGUCUAUGGCGGUCUCUGCGCACUCGCAUCCAUGGACCGUAGUGACCUGCAGAACAGAGUUCUCGGUAAUAGCGAAUUCCGAAACUUCCUCGAGCUAGAACCACACAUUCGCCGCGCCAUUGCCCUCUUUUGCAACUCCAAAUACAGCGCCUGUCUGGAAAUCCUUGAAAGCUACCGCAACGACUACCUGCUAGAUGUCUAUCUUUCCAAGGUACUCAACACAAUCUACGGCCGCAUCCGAACCAAGAGCAUCGUACAGUACUUCAUCCCCUUCAGUUGCGUGACGCUCGAUGAAAUGGCGUCCAAGUUCCCCGCGGCAGGACAUAGGAGCAUCGAAGACGAGUUGGAGGAGAUGAUCAACAAUGAAACCCUCGACGCGCGGAUAGAUCUAGUCGACCGCCUUCUCAUCUCUCCGCCGACGAAUCCCCGUCACGACGUGCACGCAGAGGCCCUGGCCAUGGCCGAAACGUACGACCACACCCUGCGUCUCCGACUCACGCGUAUCAACAUGCUCGCUGCGGGCAUGGACAUCCAGCAAUCCAAGGGCUUCUCAGGGGAGAAGACGUCGUCCGGCCUGGGUGACGGGAUUGGUGCGAGCCUGCGCGGUCUGGGCUCGAAGAUGGGAUUCACUUAGGAAGAUGAGUCCCUCAAGGCUGAGUCUUGGGAGCCAAAUAGGAAGUGUCAUUACGAAGCAUACAUCAGAGAGGAAUUUGGGCGUAGGUUUAGCGGUUAGCAUUGCAAGGCGUUUCAAUCGGGGCGGCGCAAGGUACACGAUAGCAGCUAGGCAGUCGUUCAGGCGUCGGUGAAUAUGAGCAGACUGCACAGACUAGAUUACCUCUUGGGUCGAUAUUAGUCCCGUAGAGAUACGGCAUAGCGUUUGGCAAUGCAUAUAUAGUAGAGUAUAUCUCUGCAUCCGCACCUUUUUCUGAAGUGAUGCGUAAAAUAAAUAUAUCACAUUACAACACUGUGCGGUCAACUACGA